UCCUUCGCAGGGGAUGGACCUUACGCGCGCGCGUUCUUUCCUCUCUAUCUCUAUCUCGCACUGUCAUCAUCAUUAUUAUCAUCAUUCCCACAUUCAUUGAGUUUUUUCCUAUGGUUUGGCUGAACAGACACACACACAUACACAGAGACGGGGAUUUGCGGAUACUUCGACCGUACGGUGGAAUUUUCCGUCUAGCGUGUUUCGGAAAGCGUAGGUCAAAAUAGUGAUAUUGUGGGGUGGAUUUCUGUUCGUGCAGGAGGGUGCCUCGCAAUUGGCGAUGGACAUUGCCAUCUUCGACUUUGCUGCAGUGAACGGUGGUGGUGUUUGGGCUGUUGGAAAAGUCUGCUAGUGACCGGAAAAGAAGUGAAUGUUGUGGUCAGUGUGUUGGCCCCGUUUUUUCGGUGGUGACGCGUUGUGUAAUACAGUCUUUGCACAGUGUUGUUUUGUGUAGAAAAUCAUUCAAGUGAAGCAUCAGAUGUAGUAAAUAAAUUUUAUUAAAUAAAAGAAAGAAGAAAAGCAGUGCUGCAAACCUGUAUGCUAAAUGUACUCCGUGUGGAAGAGUGUGUUCCGUGUUUGAAGGGUAAAGCAGCAGCAACUUAUAUUAAAAAAUAAAUAAAUAAAGUGCACCUUUCACGAUGAUACGACGCUCGAGUGAAGAAAAGUGAAGAGUAUUUUCACCUCCCUCUGCUUUGCUAGUGAUUAAAAAAACAUUCGGCCACGAAUGGAAAACCAAAACGAGGGAUAAAGCAGGGCCCAUGACGUCAUGAUAGCAACGAUUGACCGACGCGUUUGGAUUAUGUUUCUUUCGUAUCUUCUUUUACAAUGCUCGUUAACACACAUCCUCCCCUUUACGGUGGUGCUGGCCAGCACCCUGGCCGAUCCGGAGCAUCACAACCCACAUCAACAGCAGCAGCAGCAGCAGCAGCAGCCAGCAAGCAAUAUAGAAGAUCUAUACCACCGAAUACUAGAUGACAACGAAUUUAGCUCCCAUGCCAACGUCCGGUUCAACCGGCACAGCGAGGCACGGGACCGGCUGGCCGCCCCGGCCGCCGCCACACCAUCCCGCUGGCAGGACUCCACGUCCACACAGCGCGUCAACAACAAUCGUAAGAUUAAUCUGGAGCCCAGCCACCGCAGCCCUGUCCCCCAACCCUCCAGCGUAGAUAGCGUAAUGAGCGGCCUGGACGAGCCCGCAGCGGACAGCGACCGGGCCGCACUCGAGGACGUGCACGAGCAGCGAGCGCUGUUCGAGCGGGAAGGCCUUAGCGCCGUGCUGCGUGAUGCCGAGACGCACGGUACCGUCCCGCGCCGGGUCGCACCGGUCGAUCACUUUCCCGCCUACCGCCGGCAUCGCCGAUCGUUGCUGCGAAGGCGCUCGAUCCGGUUGAAGGAGUCGGAGGGCGAAAAGCCGGCCGAGGCCGAAGAAGCUUCCAAGAAACCGCAACCAAACCACGCACCACAGCCAACCGUGGAUGCUAAUUCCAGCGUACAUCCUAACCUUCCCCGAACGUCCGGUGUGUCCUCAAGCACUCCAGGUAAGGCAUCGGCACCUACCGUGCCGCGUAACGCCAACGACAACGGCUCGGCGAGUGGGCCGACCAGUGCCAAAGUCGAACACCCUUCAACCGUGACCGGUACGACCGAGCGAACAAUUAUGGCGUUGCCACCGUCGUCGUCGUCGUCAGCGUCCCCUUCACCACACCGUGCUGCUGCAGCACCGCAUCCGGCCGGCAUCGGCAUCGACAGUUUCAAUCUGCUCGACGACAGCGUCUACAUUGCGCCCGCCCACGGUCUGCGCAAUGACAGUGGCGGAGGCGCAUCGGCACGCCUGCCCACCCUCGGCACCGACCUGACGCUUGACGCGAGCGGGAACAUUUUCGGUCGCGAAAACUUCGACGAGCAAAUUAUCUUUCUCAAUGGACCGGAUCUGCUGGAGCCGGGCAGCGCCGAGCAGGGCCAGCCGGCCGGGAAGGUGGCACGGGAAGUCGCCCGUGAGGUGGAACUCGGUGGGGGCGGCGGCUACGUGGCGGACGAGCCGCAAGCGCUGCCACUGCGGCCGAUUAUCCGCGGCCCGUCCGAUGAGCACAGCGUGGAGGAGGACAACGUGGUGGUGGUGUAUGCCGACCAGCACGAAACGGUCCGGCUGAACUGUGAGGUCGAUGCCGACGUCACCUCGAGCGUGUGGCUCAAGGACGGCCAGAUAGUGCACGUGAUGGACAAAAAGUCACGCACCGCGGACAUCCGGUUCGUGCGGGAGCCGCUCGGCGGGCUGACCAUCGCGAACGUGAUGCUGGAGGACGAUGGCGUGUGGCAGUGCGAGGCGGAGAAUGCGCGCGGCUUCUUCUUCAACGGCCGGCCGAUAAAGCUGAUCGUGCUGGAUCCACCGAAGGAACCGUACCUGCUGAUCGAUUCCCGCCGGCUCGAUGCGGGCAACAUGUUCAUCCCGGUGAAGGAAAACUCCGAGCUGGCGCUUGCCUGCGUCAGCGAGGGCGGCAACCCGAAGCCCACCCUCACCUGGGAGGUGCUGCUCAGCCCCGGCAUCGACCGGCACGCACAGAAAAUUUCCAGCGAAGUGCUGGAGCUGCAGGAGAUCCAGAAGGAUAAGCAGGAUAAGGAACCGUACAAGAUCAAUGCCGGCGCCGUGUCGGAGGUGAAGCUGCCCGCCGUCUUCCGGGUGCAUCACAACGCCCGCAUCCUCUGCAUCAUGGAACAUCCGACGCUGAAAGUGCGCCAAAACGCAUCGAUCCUGCUCGAUGUGCAGUACACUCCCUCGUUCGCCAUCACGCGCACGCCCGGGUUCGGCUAUCCGCUGCGGGAAGGGAUCGAAGUUUCGCUCAAGUGCGAUGUCGAUUCGAACCCACCGAGCACGCCGCUGUGGCAGAAGGACGAUGGUGAUCCGCCGGUGCCGCAGACGGGCGACGGCUUCCUCAACUUUAGCUCGAUCCGGCGCGAACACUCCGGCUGGUACAAGUGCACCUCGAGGCAUCUCAACUUUCAGUACUCGAGCAUCGGAUAUUAUCUCAGCGUGCGAUACGAACCAGUGGACGUAACAUCCGAACCGGUCGAACAGGAUCUUCCAAUGUCACCGUCUUCCUCCAGCUCCUCCUCGUCCUCCUCUUCCUCCUCCUCGUCGUCUUCCUCAUCGUCCGUCUCGAUGCCAUCGCCCGGGGGCUCUCUUCCGGGAGGAUCACCCAACGGAGCCGUCUCCCAGUCGGGCGCCGCUGGCACAGAUCAAACCGGAACCAAUCCCUUCAAGGCGGGUCAGAUGGAAGUUGAGCUCGGUGGCUCCGUGACCCUGCAGUGUCCACAAGGUUCGCUCGGUUGCUGGUCCCAUCUGGAUCCAAUGACGGCCCGGCUGAAAGGGCUCGGGGCCGGUAUCUACACACCCACGGGGCAGUUUUCCCUCAAGGAUGUCGUGUACCAGGACGCCGGGACGUACAAGUGCGUCGGCCAGAAUGCAAACAAUCGCAAAAAGCUCGAAGUGCUGCAAACCGUCUCCAUUGCCGUCAAAGGAGCUCCAAGUGUAAGUGCCCGCAACAUGACACCCGUCGCCUACCCGGGCUCGCCGCUUCAUCUGUCGGUGGAGUUCUGUGCCAACCCGCCGGCGUAUGCGGCCCGCUGGCUGCACGGCGAUCGGGUCUACACGCCCGGCAACCAGUACGGGACGGACGUGCUCGCCUAUGGUUUCAUCGACCUACCGACACCAUUCUGCAAGGAGGCACGUCUGACCUACGUGCACAUGCACGAGAAGGUCCCGCGAACGUUCUACUUCAUCGUCUCCUCGCCCGGCGGUGUCGCGGAAGCGGUCUUCAAAGUCAACUACACGCUCAAACACAAGCAGAUGGGAUCGGGUGCGUCCGGUGCCGGUUCCGGUACCUUCGGCAGUCCCUUCUCCCUUUCCUCCUCUGUUUCGUCGUCCUCCGGUUCGGGCACCACCGUUACCGGGGGCAGCUCGGGAUACAAGAUCAACACCAACACGAUCAACACCGUGCCGGGCAACGGGCUGGAUGAUGACGAGGAGCUGAUGGAGCCGGAAGAGAUUCAUUUUCCCAUCUUCGGCACGGGUGGCAGUGCGGGUGGCCGUGGGUGGCGAGUGCUUCAUGCGGCCGUUCUUGCCGCGAGCAGUUUGCCACUCAUUGUGAUGGCAGUCAGCAGCAGUCCUUAUUACUGUCUAUAGUAAGUCCACUAGUGAUCUAACUCUAAUCUUAUGCGGUAACUGUAACUUUCAAUUUAAUUUGAUGGUUCUCUUGUUUCACAAACUAACGACUAACGACGUCCUAUUCCCCAACUUACUCUGUACGAUAUAAUGAGGAAAGGUUGUUUACAGAGCCUUGUUUGAAACGAUUGCAGUAGUUUUUGGGCAACUCUUUUUGGAAUUUAAAUUGAAGACCAUCAAGGGUCAUCAACGUCUCGUACGUCUCUUACUCUUGUAUCAGCUCUAAAUCCUGACCGAUCUCACUAAAUCUUCAAACUUUCACCUGGCUAUUCUACCGUUAUUGUCAAUCUACUGAUUGUUGCAAAGAGCUCUAUUAGAUGAGACCAUUUGUACAUGUGCCCCUUCCCGUGGCGAUCUCUCUGUCACUCGCAAAGUGCACACACGGAAACGAUCGAGCUAUACACAUCCGAACCAGAACCACAAUGUACACCAUGUCCUCCCGACUGGAAACGUUGGGAACGUUGGGUGAUCAUUUUCCACCAACCAAUGCGACAUUGUAACAGGUGCAACUUAUUGCAAACCAACAUUUAAUGUACACAAAAGUGCGUAGAACGAAAACCAAACACCUUAAACGAGCUGGAAAUGGACCUAAUGGAGCAAAUUUUUUGAUCGAAAUAUAUUUACCAAAUGCGCCCCCACCCCCGUGAUUUUAUGAGCUGGUUGAGAGAACCCAACCAAAAGAGAGAGAGAAAAAUACAGAGCGAGCUGUAAGUGAUGUUGACAAUGAUACAAGUUGAAUGCAAAAAUGAGCAAAGAUAUAAUGGUGCUUCAAUUGCGGUUCUUCGUUACAGUUCCUUUCAAUUUCUUUGUUUUUUGGUGCCAAAACGUUGGCUCAAUUUCGGCUCAUUGCAGGCUGAAAUGAGAAGUGGCUGUUUAGAACAAAAGAAACAAAAAACAGUGACGCACUAACCUGUACAUAUUAGCCAAAAAAAAAACCUAACUCCCACGGCCCGCUCCCAUGAAACGGAUAAGAAAUCGUCACCUAAGUUAAGCAUUGUUUUGUAUCACUUGUGUCCGUAACGGUUGGCUUCCGUUUCGUAUGCGUCAUCGUUGUUGUGUAAAGACAGACCUACUAGUUUCGCGUGUAAGAUCAAACAUCAAGGAAGAAAGAGAUAACAAAAGAAAAACAACAUUUAGGGAAUUAGGUGCUAGUUAAGGUUAAAAUAAAUGGGAAAACAUACAAGCAUUGAUUGGUUUAUAAAGAAACUAAAAAGGAGUUUCGAGAAACGAAGAGAAUAAAGCGUUAGAACAUCGUUUUGUUACCAUAGUGAUACAAGCGGGGUAGUAAAGGAGUACCGUGAGCGGGCACGUAUCCACAGGAAUGGUGCCAAUAUUUCCUCACAAUUUGGAGGCAAACUGCAAAGAGUAAAUAUGCUGAAGUUUUCUAGAGCCGAACAAAUUGGUACGAUGGACUCUUUUAAUUGCAAACUUGCUAGCAAAGGCACCGUCAUACACUAAUCUCUACCACCGUCGGGGCAAGAGAAAGAGAAAUGCUAACAAAACGGAUGCUCUCUAUGCUCCCUCAUCUACCGUCUCUAUCCAUCUGUCUCUCUUUCUUCCCAACGAAAUGGAGCUCACUAAUUACUGGCUUGUUAAAAUGCUUACUGUAAACUGUACACUAUUCCUUAACGAACAAAGCGGUAUCUUUCCUAUCCUAACUAAAACACUGCACUGCACUCUAGUCUAGCAAGGUGGGCGAUUGGUGGGGCUCGCUGGGCCCCCACCAUCCCUGUACAUGCCACCCGCAGUAAGACAUUGUCGUUGUCAUUUAUCGCUUAUCGGUUCCACUCUGUAGUAUAAACCAGUGUCAUCAUCGUCAUCAUCUAGCGAUAAGUUACUACUGCAUCACUCCAUUUCGCCUCACUAACAACAACGAUCGUGAUCGAGAUAAUGAUCGGUUAAAGGGAAGUAAGAAAAAUUACCAUAAAACACAUGAUCAACACAUCAUCCUCAUCAUUUCCACACCCAUUGCUAUUUCCCACUAUCUACAUCUACUAGAGAAAAGACACAACAACAAAAAAACACUCCUCCAACACUACUCCAGAGUCCAGAGUCCAUGAAUAAGUUAACACACUCGCGAACGUGGCGCGGGAAAACCACACAAAACAAGGAUUGAGAAAGGGUUGUUAGAGGUGUUUCCCCGAAAUCCGCGAACCGUGCCGGGCGGCAGCCCGUUGUAAAUAAAGCGCAAAAGUGAAAGCGUUGAGGUUAAAAGGAGGGAGCAAGCGAAGAAAAUGCAACAAAACAAAGCCAAAACUAAUACUAAUAAAAAAGACAAAGAAACCACGAGAACAAAACUGACCGAUAUUAUACUGUGAAUUAAAUUUCGGGGAGCUCAACGGCGAGCAGAUAACGCCCCACAAAACGAGUAGAUAACACACAUACAGAUACAUAAA